UAUUUCUAGAUAGCUUGAAAUUUAAUCAAUCUUGUGGAUUUGGUGCUUUUAGUGUGUGAGUGAUUCAUUUACUUUGGCGUUCGCGUCUCCGUCAACGUUCGCUUAUCCGUUCUAACCGGUCUUUGGUGAAACACCGAGAUGAGCGCCAUGAACGGAGCGACGACUGCCGAACCGAACGGCGUGAAUGAUCCGCAGCUUUCGGACGAGGAAGACGAGGAGACCCGCAAGCUCAAGAUGCGCCCCCCAGAUAUCGACCAAGACAUGCGUGAUAUGGAGCGUCGGAAGCGCGUGGAACUUAUUAUGGGUUCCCGAGCGUUCAAAGACGAGCUUGAGAGAAUUGUUGAAGUUCAGCUACGGGAUGGAGGAGUCAAUCCAUCCUCCUUACUAGCUCUUCAGCAACUCUACGAUGCGACGGGGAAAUUUGGCGGUUCUUCGAGAGGAAAUGUAACAAACAUUCUUCCCAUCGCCGAUAUUCGCGGUGUUGACUGUAUGGCAUAUACUAAGGGAGAAAAGCUUCUGCGUUGCAAAUUGGCAGCAGUUUACAGACUAGUUGAUCUUUUUGGCUGGUCUCAAGGCAUCUAUAAUCACAUCACCUUGAGGACGAGUCAAGACCAGGAGCACUUUCUCAUCAAUCCUUUCGGACUGCAAUACAGCGAAGUGACAGCUUCGUCUCUGAUCAAAGUGGAUUUGCAAGGGAAUGUUAUUGAUCCAGGAACGACGAACUUCGGCAUUAACAUGGCCGGAUAUACUUUGCAUUCAGCGAUACACGCAGCUCGACCAGGAAUAAGAUGCAUUAUCCACAUUCACUCGCCGUCAGUUGUUGCUGUGUCCUCACUGAAGUGCGGUUUGUUGCCGGUCAGCCAAGAGUCGUGCAUAAUUGGGGAUGUGUCCUACCACGACUACCAUGGGAUUGUGAUAGAUCCUGACGAGAAAGAAUCCCUUUCGCGGGAUCUUGGACCAGUGAACAAGGUGAUGAUUCUCCGGAAUCACGGCGCUGUGUGUUGCGGUGAGACAGUCGAAGAAGCGUUUUAUAACUUGUACCACCUUGUCCUAGCCUGUGAUGCCCAAGUAAGUCUUGUUGUGGUUGCGUAUUUUGCUUACUGUUCAUUAAUCAUGUUUGUUCAUCGUCCUCAGAUGAAGUUGAUGCCGGCCGGUGUAGAUAAUCUGGUGUUGAUCUCCGAUGAAGCCAGAAAAAAGGCAUACGAGGUAGCUCGUCAGUCGGGGGCCGGUGGUGUCAAUUCUAAGGAUGGGGAGCAGACCAGCGAACGAAAGAAGUGGCGAGUGGGAGAAAUGGAAUUUGAGGCUUUGAUGAGAUCCCUUGACAAUGCUGGAUACCGUUCUGGAUACAUGUAUAAGAACCCGUUGGUGAGGACGGAACCAGCCCGCUUGCGAUCAGACGUUGAGGUACCACCAUCAUCUACUUCGUACACUCAUGUGUUCGACGAGGAAGACCUGUUCAAGUACAGCCCGUUGAAGAAAGUCCUUGAAGGGAGAAAAGCAGCUGAAAGAACGCGGUGGCUCAAUUCUCCGAAUACGUAUCAGCGUGUCGAAGUACUGGAAACCGGAACUAUGGACCCGAAAAAGAUCACCAAGUGGGUUGCUGAUCAAUCGCCAACUCAUUCGACGUCAAACGCGACCAAGGUAGACGAUGCAUUGCAGUUCGUUCCGAAGAACACGGAUCCUAAGGAAUUCAAGAAGAAGCAGAAGCAGAUCAAAGAGAAUAGGAAAGCUGGUGGAGUUAGUGCUGGACCUCAGUCUCACAUUUUGGAGGGAGUUCCGUGGGAUGAAGCCAGAGCAAUGCAGGAUGGCAAUAUUAGUGCGAAUGACAGUGGCGUCGUCAUGGUUGGCGCGGCUUCCAAAGGAAUAAUCCAGCGGGAUUUCCAGCACAAUGCUGUUGUUUACAGGAGCCCAUAUGCGAAGAACCCUUUCGAUCAAGUCACCGAACAAGACUUGGUCGAGUACCGGGAAAUUGUGGAGAAGAAACAGCGUGGAGAGCCUUUGGAUGACACUUUGGAUUCCAUGGGAAUGCCAGAACCUGGCUCUCCCUUUUCCCCGCAGUCUCCGACUACGGAAACGGAAGAAGGGAGUUCGCAUCAGACAACGUUGACUGGUGGUGGAGCAGUGCGUCACACGACGAUUACUGUGGAAACGUCGGUGGCGCCAUCACCUGGAAAAGUGGAAAAGCACGUCAUUUCUCCUCAGGCUGUCCGGUUAGUGGAAUGCGGUGGAGAUGGCGAUACGACGGCGCCUUCUUUGGUGUCGUCCUCGUCGACGGAGUCUUUGACUGAUGAACAAAGGAAGCGGUUCCAGGAACGAACCGCCGAAUUCCGUCAGACGUCUGCUAUAAAAGAUGGGUCUUUUACCCGCGGAGCCGCCGGUGAUCGUGAUCGCACCUUGAACGGAGAUGAUCAUGACGUCAGCAAGGCGUCAAGAAGUAGUCGAGAGGGAUCCCCAUCCAAGGGAGAGGUUUCCAUGUCGGAAGAAUCCUCGAAAGCGGACAAAAAGAAGAAGAAGAAAGGGAUACGGACACCAAGUUUCCUCAAGAAAAAGAAAGACAAAAAGCCCAAAGCAGAAGCGCAACACUAGUGCGAACCAAUUCAUUGGCCGCUCUAAUCGUUACGGAAGGAGGCAGAUUGACGAAGAAUGAGUUAAAUUUUUUUUGAAGAUAUAAGAAAAGUUAUGUUAGCGUGGGCGGAGGAAUGACGUCGAAGCAGAAUUUUUCAAAGCAACAGAGGUUUUGACACCUAACGUCCGUGUUCCGUAUGUGUCUUGAGCGUUUCUUCUUCUCCUCCACUUUUCUUUUUCCCUACCUUCUUGUUGAGGAUCCUGAGGAUUUUGCCUGCCGUAUAUGAAGCGGAUAAAAUGGUGCUUCUUGCCGUUUUUUUUUCCAACGGGUUUCCUCCGACAUGCUGGACUCGUACGAAGAGAAGAAAUAUUUCUCCGCGGUAGUCGUUGUUUUGUAUUCGUAUUCCUUGGAGAAUUUGGUUUUCUUCUCACUGAUAGCUCACCCGCCCGAAGACACUGCCAAAACGGAAAUGAGUGACUACAAAUGCAAAGGAAUGCUUGUGGAGGCGGAAAGGAUGAGAGCGUAAUUUUCGCGGAACUGCAUCGCAAAGGACAUAUGUGCUUAUUGAGACCAGGGGACAUUUUAUUUAUUUCUUAGGUGAUGAACGCGUUCCUGCAAUGACUUGUUCAGGCAUCCACAAAUUUUUUCCUCGAACGGCUGCUUGCGUGAAUGCUUUUUUUGGGUCGGUCGAUGCAUGUGUUAUAAGCUUGGCGGCGUAUGUUAUUUUUUUCGGUUUGACCCUUUCUUACGAUCGGAAGGAAUUUUUUUCCGCGAUGUUGAAUUGGUGAUCUAUCUUUUGGUCUCCAAAAUAACUCUUUGACUCCGCUGUGUGUGAGCUGCUUUUUUGGGCGUGUUGAUAAUCCAAGGGUUAUUGAGAGUAUGCAGUAGCUUUUCAUCGGGUCGCACCAAAGAGUUGCGAAUUCGACGGUGUCGACUUGGUUCAGUGUUGGAAUCCAUGCUUCUUGAGUAAUGCUCGUCACCCGUGUCAUCUGCUGAGAGACGGACGUGAGAGAAAUGGAGUACCGUAUAUUUUUCCCCGGACGCUUCAGAUGAGAUCCUUUGGGUUGCUAGAGACGCUAAUGAUAGAUUAUCACGAAGGGGAAGAGAGGAAAUCCGUUGUGCACAUGGCAGCCUGUACCUUUACUUCCGUCCCGCGCGAGAAAAAGAUGUGCAGCAAAAAGUCGCCCACUGUUCACCGUGCUUCCUGCAUUGCGGGGAUGUUUAAUAAUUCACUCAAUACGGGGAUUUCCUCUAUACAAUUCUUACAACUGAGCAUCGAAUAAUUAUAUCGUUAUCCUCUUGUUAGAAUUCCACCAGUGGCCUUAGUCGAGCGUAUCCUGCUAGCAAUCACCAGCUUUGAUGUAUUGGUUACAGAGGCAGAAAACCCACGAGAAUUCGUAUUAUUUCUUGAGCGCCUGCUCCGGUUUGAAUCCUAGAAUGAUGUUGGUUCCAAAUUGUUUCGACUCGCAGCUCCGAAUUUAAAAUAGCUCAUUUGUCGUAGGACGCACCAUUUGUUCGUCCUGUAUUCUGAAUUGGAAAGGUUUUCGAAUUAGAGAUACUGUAGUCUGUCAUUUUUCUCUAGCUUUCAUUUAUUCCUUCCCGCUCCUCAAUUUAUUUGCCUGGAGAGUGAGUCGGGAACCAUUCAGUGACAAGAAGUUUGAAUUACUGUACUUGCUAAUAUGCCAUUUCCUUUCGACUGAACCAAGGUAACAUUUUUGCAGUUGCAUGAAGAAGAGAAAUCACUGUUCAGUUAUAUCUGCCAAAGUUUGGAAAGCGUGUGUUGGAACGAGCGCUUUUUAGGCUUUAGUAGUUGAAGUGAUUAUCUGUUCAGGCUAGUAUGCUUUUUUGUAAUUGCCCACUUCUGAGUAUAGGGGAAAUCUCCUGCAUAUUUCGCUUGAUCGUCCUCGCGCAUUUCCAGAAUUUUUCUCAAAUUCGGUGAGUGUUGACUUGGUGAUGGCUUUUCUCAUCGGUUUCCCCGAAGUCAUUGAAAUCAAACGCGUGAAAGUUUUUCAUCCUCCUAGCUUUCGAGCUUUUUUUUUUAAUUCGGGGUGCGAAAUCGCCCUCGUGUUUUGCUGCUGGAGGGAUCACGUGUAACCAUUUGUUCGUGUUCCGUUGGGAGUCGGUCGGAGAUAUGCGGCUAAAGUGUUUUUUUUUUUUUGCGCUUUCAUCCGCCAGGAACAAUCGAGGCAGCGCCAAAAAUUUGGGAGAGAAGGGAAGAUAGAAAGAUUGGAUUAUGAAAUUUUUUAUGUAGCAGAAAAAUAUUAGACAAGAGGCGAUCCGGACGGAGAUUUCGAAGUGGACGGGAGUGUGUCAAGCUUUCAAAGUUUCUGUUCGCGAGUGACAACGCUGUUUUUAUUUCCAUUGAUUCGUUCGCUGUCCGCGGCGACGGAGAGAUUCGUAUUUCUUCUAUAGUGUCGACGUGCAGUCUUCUAUCAUUGCUUGCAAAAAGAAAAGAAAAAACUUCGGACUAUUAAAAAAAUUGAAAAUGGCAA